UUAUUCUCACAAUCGCUAAUCUGCCUCACUUGUCGACGCCGAGGAGUCGUUGGCGUAAUAAAAUAGAGUUGGGAUAGGAUUAAAGAAAAUUUAGAAAAGGUUGCAAAAUUUUUUGCAAUUUUUGUGCAGGUGAAGACAUUUUGAGGGGAUGAGAUUUUGUAAAUAAGUCUUGAAGAAGAAAUUACGCAUUUUUACACGUGAAAAAUGGAGGAAUCAGAAAACAUGACGACCUCCUUUCUGGAGAACGUGACCACAUCAGUGCCUCCCAUGUCGAGGAUGGACGACCAUGGCGAUACUGGAUUCGUGUUGGCGUCUACCGCCCUCGUUUUCAUGAUGAUUCCUGGAGUGGGAUAUUUCUACAGUGGGAUGGCCACGAGCAAAAGUGCCUUAUCUUUGAUCAUGUUAAGCUGCUGGUCAAUCGCAGUCGUUUCUGUGCAGUGGUUCCUGUUCGGCUACUCGCUCACCUUUUCGAAAACGGGGAAUUUUUUCAUUGGAAACUUUGACCAUAUUUUUCUCCUCGGAGUCUUCGAGGAUUCGAACGUCAUCAACCCGAAAAUCCCGGAUAUCGCGUUUUGCCUCUAUCAAGGAAUGUUUGCCGCCAUAACGCCCGCUUUGGCCAUCGGUUCGGCCGCAGAGAGGGGGCGCUUUCUUCCCACAACGAUUUUCAUAUUUGUUUGGACAACGCUAGUUUACGAUUUUUUGGCCUGCUGGACCUGGAACCCCAACGGUUGGGGCGCUCAGAUGGGAGGACUUGAUUUCGCGGGAGGGACGCCAGUUCAUAUCUCCGCGGGUGCAGCGGCGCUAGCGUAUGCCGUAAUUUUGGGAGAAAGAGACCCCACCCUGACACCUUCCGGAGUCCACAAACCACACAACAUGUCCAAAGUUUUUAUGGGAACGGCCUUCAUCUGGUUUGGGUGGUUCGGAUUCAAUGGCGGAUCAGCUCUACAACCCAACGUGCAAGCCGUGAUGGCCGCCUUUGUGACCAACCUGUCCGCCUGUGUGGGUGGGAUUACGUGGGUCCUACUGGAUUAUCGGUUGGAAAAGAAAUACUCCGCGCUCGGGUUUUGCGUCGGAGCCGUGGCCGGAUUGGUCACGAUUACUCCGGCGUGCGGAUAUGUGGGGCCGGCCAGCAGUAUCGUUUUUGGAAUACUGGGAUCUGCCGGUUGCAACGUCGCCCUCAAUUUCAAGCACUUUCUCAAAUACGAUGACGCUCUCGACGUGUUUGCCGUACACGGCGUGGGCGCCAUAAUCGGAAACAUUCUAACGGGAAUCUUUGCCCAAAAGGUGUACGCUUUCAAUACCAUUGAAGGCGGCUGGCUGGAUGGACAUUGGAUGCAGAUUGUUCACCAAAUCGCAGACACCGUGGCCGGACUUGGAUGGAGUUUCUGCGUCACAUUCGCCAUCCUGUGGAUCAUGAACAAGAUCCCGGGACUCUCCCUCCGCGUGGACCAGGAAUCCGAACGGAUCGGGAUUGAUAAGUCGGAGCUCGGGAUUUCCUGUUACGAACACGUCGACGCGGCCAAACGCCGUAGAAGCAGCAUCUUUCCCAUGGGAACAUCCCUCUUCACGCCAACCAUGCCCACCACCCCCACCAAACACGGCAUGACCCUAACCAUCCCGACCCUUAACGUUCCAAAUGGAUCCGGUGGUGGGUACGACAAUCCACAAGUUGUGAAGGAAGAGGAGGAAGAGGAAGAACACAAAAUGUGAAA